GUAGAUCAUGGCUCUCAGCUUAGACGACAAGAUUUUGGGAGAAAAGGUGAACAACUACUGCAGCAGCAGUGAAGAUGAAGCAGAAGAGGAAGAAACGAGAGGUUCAGACCCAGAGGAAGAUAAUCAGAAAGCAAUAAAGGGACCAAAGUUUAUACCAGAACCAGAGAUUCAGGAAUAUCAAGGAUAUUCUACUAAUACGGGUCCCAAAGGUGUCAUCAAUGAUUGGAGAGAGUUUAAGCGAUUAGAAAGUGAAAGGAGGGAAACUCAGGAAAAGGAAAAGUUAGCUCUGAUGAAAAAAUUGUCCAUGACUUGUCGAUCUCAUCUAGAUGAUGAAAAAGAAAAACAGAAAGAUGAAGAACUUUUGCAAGAACUUGAGGAGCUGGAUGAUGAUUUUUUGAAAGAAUAUCGAAUGAAGCGCCUGGAAGAAAUGAGGAAAGCACUUCAGAAUGUACCAAAAUUUGGACAAGUUUUAGCUCUUAACUCUGAUAGUUUUGUGGAAGCUAUUGACAAAGAACUGCCUCAAGUCACUGUCAUUAUUCAUUUGUAUGAAGAGAAGGAGCAAGCUUGUAAGACCAUGAAUGGAUGUUUAGCAUGCCUUGCACAGGAUUACCCAUCUGUGAAGUUCUGUAAGAUAAAAGCAUCAGAGACCAAGCUCAGUAAUAAGUUUGCCAAGAUGGGUGUCCCUGCACUGUUAGCGUAUAAGGCAGGGGAAUUGAUCGGGAACUUUGUUAAAUUGACAGAGGAGCUAGGCAAAGAUUUUAUUUCCUCAGAUGUAGAAAGUUUCUUGUAUGAUUUUGGGCUGCUACCAUCUAAUGAUAUCAUAAACCAGGCUAUCAAAGACACAACAACUGGAGAACUGCGUGGAAGACUCCAGGAGGAUGAAGACAGUGGCAGUGAAUUUGAAUUAGACUAACUGUUUUAGAAGAGAUGUUUUAUUGAUGGUAAAUUUUGUGUGCAAUAGGAAUGGAGAUGUCUCACCAGAGGUUUUGUAUUGAUGACUAGUUUAUCUUAAUUUAUCAUAAACACAAAUUUACAAAAAUGUUCUUUCUUUCCAAAAACAGAUAAAAAUAGCUGUAUGGUAUUGUUUUAUUAAUUAUUUGGCAAUAUAAAAAGUAACUGUUAAAGUUAAAUUUAGUAAAUUUUAUUCAUUUUUUAAAGAUGCGAUAAAAGUAUUUACAGUCUCAUCUGAUGGUAAAUAACUACUUCUCUGGAGGAGUUUUGAUACCAUUCAGCAUCAAAGAUGUGUUCAUGAUUUAAUAACUGUCAUGAACCACUGGGUCUCGAUGAUAUAUGUAUCUACAGUAUUUGUACAGCUGAGUGGCUUAGAAACUAGUACUGAACAAGUGAGCCUAGGUGACUGUAUGGUAUGUGUCUGCAAUAUUAGUACAGCUGAGUGGCUUAGUCACUAGUACUGAACAAGUGAGUCUAGGUGACUGUAUGGUUUGUAUCUGCAGUAGUUGUACAGCUGAGUGACUUAGACACUAGUACUGAACAAGUGAGCCUAGGUGACAGUAUGGUAUGUGUCUGCAAUAUUAGUACAGCUGAGUGACUUAGACACUAGUACUGAACAAGUGAGCCUAGGUGAUUUUAAGGUAUGUAUCUGCAGUAUAAGGUUGUAGGAUGGUGCAGUAGUAUCACUAACCAAUGUGUUUAGGAGUUUUCUUUAUCUGCAGUAAUAGGACAGUUGAGGGGCACAGAAGUUAGCAGUAACCCUUCACCAAGAUAUCUUGGAUUUGAUUCCUUGAUUAAGAAUAAAAGUUGUAUGCUACCCAUUACAUGGGUUUUUCUGGGAUAGUAUAAUUUCCUCCCAAAUUGAAAUCCUAUAUGUGCUAGAAUUCAUGGCAACAAUACUUUGUAAAUUUCAUCAAACUUGUUUUAAGAUGCUUGGCUUCAGAAGUUGCUCCUCUUCUUGUUUAUUUUAUUCAUUAGUAUCAAGAGGGUUCUGUACAUCAUUGGGGACACUCCUCAAAUGUGGCGGAUGACCUUCUCUAUACAUGUGGUUAUUGAAUGUUAGUUUUUCGCGGUUUUUCUCAAUCCGGUUUUGAUAUUUAAUUGUUCUUUAUGUAUGAGUAAGUGAAAUUUUUAUUACAGAGAUGUACCCAUCAGAAAAUAUGUCUAGUAUAGUAUAAAGGUUUAUAUCUGUAAGGAGUGAAUAUUGGUUCUGUGAUGUGUUGUACAGAAACAGAAAAAUAUCAACACAGAUAACUCCCAGACAGGCUUAUGUCUGUAGGGAGUGUAUUGUGGUUCAACAUGAUGUUGUUUGUGCUCAUGGAAUUUAGUUUUUUUAUCAUUUGAUGAAAAUCUGCGUGAAACUUCAGCUGAGAACUUGUAUCAUUAUGCAGACACAGUCAUUGUUAAUGUGGAAUGUUAUGAAAGGAAGAGUUCCUGUUGAGAUUGAAAACCGAAAGAGUGAAGCAGAAGUGACGUUUGCAUGUCAGGAAAUAUCGAAUGGACCACUGUCAUUUUUUUCUGACAUAUCUUUUGUUAUCAUUUUGUUCUUUUCUCAAAAGUGAUGAGAAAUAGAUUGACGGAAACUUAACAGCCAUAUUGGUAUAUGAUACUAUAGUAUAUGUUACCAGUAUUUGGUUUUUAACAUUUUCAAAUCAUGUUACAUAAUAACCAAUUAAAACUGAUUAGCUAGACUGUUCAUAUUGUAUAAUUGUACAAAGGGAAAAUCUUAAAUCAAAGGACAGGGAUGGUGGAUAUACAGAGGUGUGACACAAACAUCAAAUAACAGGAGAGUGUUGGGUACAGUGGUGUGAUGUUCAACAGAAAACAACAGGGGUUUGGGGUAUAAUGAGGUGUGGCCCAUUGUUAACACACCUAGGAGAUGUUGAUUCAACUCUGACCAAUAUAACUUUAUCUCUGAUCAGCUCUGGUUUAAGUCUUUAUGAUAUUUAAAUCCUUUGAGACUGUCGUACCAAUAUGCUCAAAUGAGAACAACAGCAGGUACCAACACACAGCUAGAAAUAUCUGUAAGAUAAGUAGCGUUGUUUGAUGUUUUGUCAGAAGUUUUCAGAUGUGGCCUUUAACAAUAACUGAUAACCACUUGAGUGUGAUGAAGUGUAGACCAUGAGGGUAUGAUAUUAUGGGUAAAUAGAAACUAAAUCUCGUGAGAGGUUCUAAAAACGUUUACGUCAGUACAGUAAUACAUGUAAUGUGUUUCUGAUUACAGUUAGCUUGCUGAACAGAUAUAGAGUAUUAAUAAUUAUAUUGGAGAGAACUCUAGAAAACAGUUGUUUUAGCUAACCUCAUGAAAUAACCACCACCCCCAGUCCCUCUCCCAACUUCUGCUGGUUGUGUUUUUUACUAGUAUAUACAUAUUCAAAGCUGAGGAAAUGCAGGGCAGGUUUCAGUAUAUUAUACAAACUUUAAAAGCUAAAGAACAUUAUCAGUGAGAAGAUUUCACUAACAAGGUGAUCUUCAAAUCUAUUUAAGGUGGCUACAAGAAAGCUUGUAAUGAUAGUCUCACUGUGAGAUAGAGAGUCUGGAGAGAGAUCAAGAUACUUUAGUUUGAGAUAGAUAUGAAAAGUGUAACUGUGCUAUGAUAUGAUUUUGGACUCUAUAAAUUACUUAUUUUUAUUGAUAUUUUAUUACAUUGUAUAUUGAAAACAUGGAUUUGGAUGUUAUUUAUAUGACAUGAUGUAUAAUUACUUUAUAUAUUGUAUGAUCAUUUAGUCUGAAUUAGUGAGGUAUGGUUCUGCUAGUGUGAUGUUUGGACAAUGAUACUAUAAUUUGGGGAGCCUGAAAACUAUAUGUUGAAUGUUGUAUGUAAUGAUAGAUCAGAAAUAUACCAUAUUUAGUUAUCAAAACGUUUUCUGCGAGUGAAUCUGUUGUGUAUUUUUUAAAAUUUCUGUGUUUUAAGUGUUGUAUAAAAAGACUACCAAACAAAAUCUGCAUAAUGAGUUUUCUUAGAAAAUGCUUUUUGAAUCUUUAUAAAGUGUUUAUGUGAUUUGUUAAUGAGGCAAGAAGCUUAAAGGUAUUUUUAUGUUAAACAUGCUACUUAUAAAAAAAACUAGGUCAACCAUAUUAUGAUAAAGGAGUUUACAUAUAUUUAUCUGUAUCUUAGUAUUUAUAAUUGUAAUCUUUUGUUAUGGUUAGAAUUUUCUUUUAACCAAUCAAAGCCAGUUACAAGUCAAGGAAAUUAUAUAUGAUAAUGUUUUUGGAUGUUGUUUGAAAUUCAAAUGAAUUGUUUUGCACUUCUCUUCAAAGAUGAAAAUCUCCGAGCUGUGUAAUCAUUGUUAGAGAUUUACAAUUGUAGAAACAGUAAAGACAGCUUGUGAAAUUAAUAACAAUGGACUCAGUAUCUGGUAAAGAUAAACAGUACACAGGCUAAGUAAAUUAAUUAAUGGUAUAAUGUCUUCUUCAUAUGUUAAACAGGAGUAUUUGUAUGUAAUGCUUUCAAACUACACAGACAGUUUUAAAACUAGAGUUUAAUUUGAUCUCAUGUAUUCUCUUUGUAGAAUCUCAUUCUGUAUGAGAGGAUCUCCAUGGUCAUCUUUGAUAAACUUCUUCAAAUUCUAAGCAUGAUUAAAACAGCUUUGUAUUUAUGAGUAAUAAAAAAUAUAAAAUUGAUUUAGUCUAGUUACAUUAAGAAACUGUGUUGAGGAUACUUUUGUUUACAGUUCAAAUAUUUGCCAAAUAGUGUACAUUGUGAAAAUUUGAUCGCAACUUUUGUGAAGCCUCCAUCCACACUUUGAACUCAGAACAUUAAGUUUGUCACCUGUUUGAAAACUUUGGGUGAAAUGAUUUAAUUAUUAAAACCUAAGGUAUGUUUCUCUACACGAAGGUUGGGAUUUUCAUACAUAUAUAGGCAUUAUCCUCUGAUAUUUUGUUUAAUCCAAUUCUGGAAUCAGGAGACUGUCUUAGAUAUUCAUUGUCAGAAUUUGAUUUUAAUAAUAUAAUAAGAUGAUAACUAAAUAUUUACCGUAACUUGCCUGCCUCGUUUUAAUUCAUUUGAAUAGUUGAACGGCUCUGAACGUACACAUGUACUUUACGUUCAUAUGAAAUGAUCAUAUUUUGAAUAUACUAAAAUACUGCAUUUUGUUGAAAGUGCAAUCCUCAUCUAGAUUUUGACAUUCCUUUCGGUCACACUGGAUUUUUCUCGAUCGUUUCGACCCUAGCCUUCAAAAUUUUGACCAUUUACAGUAGCAUGACUGACAAGUCCUACAAUAACGGAAUGGCGGUAUGCAGUGUGGUUAAUUGUUUGGCUCUACUGAAUCUCACUCUAUCUUUAAAGGUGCUCUUUAUUUGUCUGUCGUUUGUAAAAUCUUCAACGAGAGUUGCCUUUCCAAAAAUUGAUAUAUCAACAAAUUAAGAUCCGACUAAAGCUAACCGUUGAUAAAUGCGGUCUCUCAUUAGGGAGAAUUUAAUAGGUAUCUUCUACACUAUGUAGCAGUAUGGAUUAUUUACACAUUGUUAUCAAGUUACACUUUCUUAGAAUGACGCCAUGUCCCUUAGCCAGUCAAUAUCCAAUCUCGUUUUCGGCAAAAUUGUUAAGUCAGCUUAACAAUGUAUAAUAACAGUACACUCGCGUAUUUCAUGACUUGAUUAAUAAAAAAAGAAAAGAAGAA